AUGGGAAGAGAUGCUGAGGCAUCACUGCUUGGCCCAGGUGCAGGGGCGGCAGUAGGAACCUCGACAGCAGCCAUUGCUGCACUCAUUGAGGCAGCAACAAAGAGAACAGCACAAGUCACCUUCUUCAUGUUCAUGUUGAAUUUAUUUGUCUGGUUUUUAAGAAGUGCUUUCAAAGGUAUCUCGGGGAGAUACUUCUUGGAAAAACUAGAUGCGGUAGCAUCUCUGAUCCACCUGAAGGAAGCAUAUCAUGAUAUGGAAGGGAAACUGAUCGUUGUCAACGCUGACCCUGAAGAAGCAAAGCGAAUAAAAGAAAUCAUCCUUAAGGACAUUUUUGUGUCAUCGGUAGAAGCAAAAGAAAGUCCCAGGAAUGUCAAUAUAUUUGAACUAGACGCACUCGAAGACAAAGUUAAGCCCUUAUGUGACAAUGAGUUCGAGGCUAUCCAACUCAAUGAUAAUCCCUUUAGGUCAAUAAAGAUAAUAUCCAAGUUUCCCUUUGAAGUACACUAA